GGAAACUCAUAGCAACAUGGUGGCGGAGCAGUUCUGAUGUGUCUGGUGGCGCUGGCGAUGUGUGGAGUCAGUUAAUGUCGGAAGAGAGCCGAAGGACGUUGGGGAUCAGUUGCAAGUCAAGAAAGAAUUUCAAAUGAAAAGAAAAUGAGUGGGGGUCUGGCACCAAGCAAAAGCACAGUAUAUGUAUCAAAUUUGCCAUUUUCACUGACAAACAGUGAUUUGCACAAGAUUUUUUCCAAGUAUGGCACAGUUGUAAAGGUUACAGUAUUGAGGGACAAGGAUUCCAGGAAAAGUAAAGGUGUGGCAUUUGUCCUGUUCCUCGAUAGAGAAUCGGCACAUAACUGUACCAGGGCACUGAACAACAAGCAAUUGUUUGGUAGAACAGUGAAGGCGAGUAUUGCAGUUGACAAUGGCAGAGCAUCUGAAUUCAUCAGAAGGCGCAAUUAUACUGACAAAUCCAGAUGUUAUGAAUGUGGAGAAUAUGGUCAUUUGAGCUACGCUUGUCCAAAAAAUAUGCUUGGAGACCGAGAGCCCCCCAAAAAGAAAGAGAAGAAGAAAAAGAAAAAAAUCAAUGAACCGGAAGAAAUUGAAGAGGAAGAAGAGGAGGAAAGUGAAGAUGAGGGGGAAGAUCCUGCUCUUGAUAGCUUAAGCCAAGCUAUUGCUGUCCAGCAAGCAAAGAUUGAGGAAGAAGAACUUAGACGUAAACAGACAGCUGAUGAUGCAAAUGAAUGUUCAACAUCUGAACUGUCGAAGCGCCCACGGAUUAAAAAAAGUGCAUACUUCAGCGAUGAAGAGGAGCUGAGUGACUAGAUUGUUUUUCAACAUGUAUUUAAAUAGAGAAAGGACAUUUAAAUGGUCCAGGUUAAUUAAACUGGAAUUCAAGGUUUCAUAGAUGCUCGCAACCAUUACAGAUGGACUGACUAUUUUAAUACCUUUUGGAAUAUGUGAUUUUAUUUUUCGUUUUAAUGCUUCGGACAUUUAUAGUGGAAGGAUUAUUAUGAAGUUUACCAACAGCUUCCUUAUUGCAGCACUUCCCAGCACAUUUUUGCAUAUGGUACCCAAACUUUAAUAUUCCACUUUCAUGAGUUCAAUCUUAUUGUGAAGAUCACAAUCAUGGAAACCUUUGUUGCUGUCUAAUUCAAAAUCGUCGUGUAUUCCCUCAAAGAAAACACUUGACCAAAUUCUUCCUGUGUGAAUGAAAUACAGUUGGUUCAGAUGCACUAUUCUGACUUCAGACUAAAAGCUGGAAUGAAUUCAACGUUCAAAAUGGCAGUUGCUUAGACUUUUUUUUAAAAACUGCAGAAAAAUAUUUUUGCUCGAAGAUGGUAUAUUAGCCAAAGAUUUUGUUUGUUUCAUUGUCGAUAUACAAAUGGGAUGGUUAAAAGCAUCUUCAAAUAUACUUCUGAUAUAAAUUAUGUGAAUAGUUCAACUCUGGUGUGUAGUUGUUAUUAUUAACUCUAAUGUCUGAGCUUAUUAUAAAUUUUUAUUAAAAAUCCACAUGGUGAAUUCCAAAUCUCAAGGUUAUAGAAUGUUUUUCCUUUCUUUGCAGAUAGAUAUAUGUGUGUGUAUAUAUAUUGUCACAUACCCCUUGACAGGUUAAAGAACCAGCAGAAAUGGAAACCACUUUGGAGUCCAGUAUUGCUAGUAACUAAUGGUAUUUAUUAGUAACUACGCAAUACAGUAAUAUAAAUGCAGAUAUAUAAAACAGGUUAGCAAUGAAUAUGUAUAUAUAAGUGUGGAAAUAUAUGAAAAUCAAGCUUCUUCAAGUCUAGGGGUAAAUAGUCUUACGAUGAUGAGUAAAGUUCAGUUCAGUUCAUGGUAUUGAGUUGAGUAGUGACGGAGAGGGAGAAAGGGAGAGAUUUGAGUCUUCAGGUGAGCUGACGCCAUCGAUCUUCCCGUUGUCCUCCGAAUUCCUUUCGAAGUCACCGACUGUGACUACAACAAAGGGGACCAUUCUGUAGUGGAAUUAUCAACCCAGGCAAGGAUUGGACACACAAACAACUCCCCACCGGUCACUCCCUUUUCACACUGCGUGAGCCACUGAUCGAUCCUGUGGGCACAACGAAGCUCAUUCAGUGUCCAAAACCAUGUGUCUAUCCGGUUAUCAUCUGACCUUCUAUUUAUCUCACCGUGCUGAAUACCAACUUUCACUCAAACAGGUCCUCCCUUCUCUUGUCUGAAAGAAUUUCCAAGCAGGCAGCGUCCUUGUAGAAAUGUAAACAUGCUGUGAGCAGACUUCGCCUCUCUCCCUCUCUUAAAAACAAGAUGUCAGUGUUAAAUCUCGCUCUCACUUUUUUCAAAAGCACAGUUCAUAGGGGUAAUUCAGGACCCCGUCACAAUAUGCAUACAUAUAUACCACACACACACACACACACACACACACACACAUAUAUAUAAUCUCUCUCCCUCUCUAUCUAUCUGUAAAGCUUUGGACCUUUAAUUUUAACUAGAAUUGCAAAAGAAAGUUUAUUCUGUCUUGUUCUGGAAUGUAUAUGUAUUUGAUCUCCAUCGGUCAUUAAAUUCUAAUCUCUGUCUGAGAGCAAUUGAGUCUUAUAGUCUCAACUGUGGUGUUGAUUAACUGUGUAUUGACCUUGCACGCCCUCAUAAUAGGUUGCCUCUAAAAUUCCAGCUCUUAGCUGCAUAUUUUUUAUUUACUGU